GUUUCGGCCCGGGUGAGCUGUCGCCUCCCUCCCCCGAAAAUGGCCGGGGCCGGCGGUGGAGGAGAAGCCCAGCGGUGCGCUAGCGCCGGGCACCGUCUGCAGUUCCAUCAAGCAAGACAUCAAGUCAUGGCUUCCCCAGGAAAAGCCUUUACUUUACCUUAUCUGCUGGCUGUUGAAGGAAAGGCAAGUUCUCCUCCAGUUGAUCCAGUCCUUUACAUGCAUAUUCAUUUACAAGUGCAACUAGAAAAGACAAGAGAUCUCAAAAAAUGGUUUGAAACCAUCAAUUAAGCUUCCUGUUUUCUGUUUUCAACAUCAGUGGGGGAGGAAACUGAGGCACAGGAAAUCUGAAGAAUCAGAGAGCCUCUUUGCUGAAGCAGCAGAGAAAAACUGCUUCUUGUUCAGCUUCCAUCACCAAAGAGCCUUGCAUGGAGGGAGAGGAAAACAAAAUCUGACGCAGGACGGCGGCUCUGCAGGGCCUCGGCAAGUUGCAGUGUUGGUGGAGCUAUUCUGGCAGCACCGAACGCGCCGCCAUUCCCGCUCUCCCACCCCGAGGUCUCUCCCCGCCUCAACCACCGAUUUUCGUGCUUUUCUACUUCUUGGAAGCUGACUUUUCUCAGAAACCUCUCGGACCGGCGCCAUGUGGAUCCAGGUGCGCACCAUGGACGGGAAGGAGACCCACCGCGUGGAUUCGCUCUCUAAACUUACCAAGGUGGAGGGGCUGCGCUUACGGAUACACGAGGUUUUCGGUGUCGAGCCUCACCGGCAACGUCUCUUCUACCGGGGCAAGCAGAUGGAAGAUGGUCACUCCCUUUUCGAUUACAGCGUUGGACUGAACGAUAUUGUUCAACUCUUGGUCAGACAAAGCCCAGCAGUGCUUCCUGCUGUUAGUAAGGAAAAGGAUUCCGAACUCUCCGACACAGACUCUGGCUGCGGCUCAGGCCAAAGCGAAUCUGACAAAAGCUCUCACAAUGGAGAAGGUGCCAUGGAACUGGAGGGACAGCCGAGCACAGCGGCACAGGCUGACUGGACUGACCCGGGAUUUGGCCUCUAUAAGAUCAAUGACUUGGUCGAUGCUCGAGAUAUGAAUAUGGGAGCAUGGUUUGAAGCCCAGGUCGUAAAUGUAACCAGAAAAAAACCUAGAAAUGAAACAGCUGACAGUUGCACAGAUCCUGAUCAGCCGACAGCCGUUCCUGAAGAAGAUGUAAUAUAUCACGUGAAAUAUGAAGAUUAUCCAGAGAAUGGAGUUGUAGAAUUGAGUUCGAAUGAUGUAAGGGCUCGUGCACGGACUAUUUUGAAGUGGCACCAGCUAGAAGUAGGACAGGUGGUAAUGGUCAACUAUAACCCCGAUGAACCAAAAGAGAGAGGUUUUUGGUACGAUGCGGAGAUUCUGCAAAAAAGGGAAACGAAAAUGAUCAAGGAGAUAAAUGCAAAGAUAAUACUUGGGGAUGCUGGUGAUUCCUUGAAUGACUGCAGAAUUACAUUGGUGGAUGAAAUUUAUAAAAUUGAAGAACCAGGCAGUGCUUGUCCAAUUAGUGCCAGUCCAUUAAAACGACAAAAUGGACCUGUGUGUAAAGCUUGUAAGGAUAACCCGAACAAGACCUGCAGAAUUUGUGCUUGCCAUAUCUGUGGAGGUAAACAAGAUCCAGAUAAACAGCUAAUGUGUGAUGAGUGUGAUAUGGCUUUCCACAUCUACUGCCUCAACCCUCCCCUUAGUAGUAUACCAGAUGAUGAGGAUUGGUAUUGCCCCGAGUGUCGAAAUGAUGCAAGUGAGGUGGUUUUAGCAGGAGAGAAAUUAAAAGAAAGUAAAAAGAAACAAAAGAUGGCAUCUGCUAAUUCAUCCUCGCGGAGAGACUGGGGCAAGGGCAUGGCAUGUGUUGGUCGCACAAAGGAAUGUACCAUUGUCCCCUCGAACCACUAUGGACCGAUUCCUGGGAUUCCAGUUGGCACCAUGUGGAAGUUCAGAGUUCAGGUGAGCGAAUCUGGUGUUCACAGGCCCCAUGUAGCAGGUAUACAUGGCAGAAGUAAUGAUGGCGCCUAUUCCUUGGUUCUGGCGGGAGGCUAUGAAGAUGACAUAGAUCAUGGAAAUUCCUUCACAUAUACAGGGAGUGGAGGGCGUGAUCUUUCUGGAAACAAACGCACAGCGGAACAGUCUUGUGAUCAAAAACUCACCAACAUGAACAGAGCUCUGGCUCUGAACUGCAGUGCCCCCAUCAAUGACAAAAAUGGAGCUGAAGCCAAGGACUGGAGAGCUGGAAAGCCAGUCCGAGUGGUGAGGAAUGUAAAAGGAGGCAAACAUAGUAAAUAUGCUCCUGUAGAAGGGAACAGAUACGAUGGAAUAUAUAAGGUUGUGAAAUACUGGCCUGAGACAGGGAAAUCUGGAUUUUUAGUGUGGCGUUACUUACUUAGGAGGGAUGAUGAAGAACCUGCUCCUUGGACCAAAGAAGGAAAGGACAGGAUGAAAAAGCUUGGUCUAACAAUGCAGUAUCCUGAAGGGUAUUUGGAAGCUGUUGCAAACAAAGAUAAGGAAAAAGAAAAUAAUGGAGAUGAUGAGUUUGAUACCCCGGGGAAAGGAAAGAGGAAAAGGAAAUCAGCAGGUGGGGAGGAAAAACUCAUCACCUCUCCUACAGGGACUCCAAAGAAAACUAAAGUUGAGCCAUACAAGCUGACAUCUCAGCAAAAAUCUCUUAUAAAAAGUGAUGAAGCCAAUGAAAAACUGUGGAAUGAAGUACUAGAAGCUCUCAAAGAUGGACCGAAAUUUCUAAAUAAAGUUGAAGAGGCCUUCUUGUGUAUUUGCUGUCAGGAGGUUGUGUUUCGGCCAGUCACAACUGUAUGCCAACACAACGUGUGCAAGGACUGUUUGGAUAGAUCCUUCAAAGCCGAUGUGUACAGUUGUCCAGCCUGCCGCUACGAUCUUGGCAAAAAUUACACCAUGCAAGUGAAUGAAACAUUGCAGACCAUUCUAACUCAGCUCUUUCCUGGAUAUGGCAAUGGACGGUGAUUCUGUAAAGCACUUCUAAUUUUCUUUUGUUCAAACUUAUUAAUGGGUUUUCAAUGGGCUUAAUUUAAAAAAGAAAAAAGUAGUCUGUGUUCUCCCAGACCCCUAAAAAGUUUAAAGUCUUCCUUGUUUUUAAAAAAACUAUAAACUUCAAGGAGUAUCCUUUUGUAUGUUCGUGGGUUUUGUUUUUGUUCUAAGUGUUGAACUUCGCAUUUUUU